AUGCCGGAAGACGGUGGGCCUUUCGGAUCAGAGGCAGCAGAAGCCUCGGGUGCCAUGUCUGAGACCGAGAACGAGUACGACGACCACGAACCGCAUCAUAAAGACGAAGACGACAGGAUGUCUGAACAAAACACGACUCCAGAUGGCGUCGACGCCGGCGGUGAGGUCAAGAAGAAGUAUGAUCCAAAAGACCCAUUACGUCCUCGGCGGAAAAAGGCCAGGAGAGCCUGCUAUGCCUGCCAGAGAGCCCAUCUCACAUGUGGUGAUGAAAGACCAUGUCAACGCUGUAUAAAGCGCGGAUUGCAAGAUAGCUGUCAAGAUGGGGUCAGGAAAAAGGCCAAAUAUCUCCACGACGCACCACCAGAAGCCUUGAGGCCAGUUUUGGGCCCCAACUACAACCCCAACGCGCCAAGUUCACGACACGGCGGCCAGAGGCACCACAGCGUCUCGACGGACGCAUCUACCGUCAGGACAUUUUUCUCACAUUCAAACGCUUCGCAGUAUCCUGUCUACUCAUCGACACAGAGCAUCCCGCAUGGUCUGACGGAGAGUUUACCGUUCAACAGUCAACAGUCACCUGUCUCCCCAACAUUCCAGCAGACCUCGAGCAACCCUCCUAUCAGUGGAAUGGUGGCGCCUCCAGUUUCGAGUCCAAUGACACCCUUCGGGCUACCCUUCGACCCAAGCGACCCCAACAUCUUCAACUUCAACAUCGAUGGUCUGAACUUUGGGAGUCACUACGGAGCGAUGGAGUUUGGAAUGCUGGGCCACAUGUCAUCAAGCGCUGCCGAUACCCCACCGCAAGAGUCUGGCAUGGGUCAACAGCCAGGCGAUGUGCAUUUUGGGGCCGGGUUGUUUGGGAGCCAUUUCGACAACCGCAUGCUGCCGGAGUUUCUGGGUCUGGAUGCAGGCGCCAACGGCAUCUACUCGCAAGGGAACCUGCAACAUGGUCUCCCUCAUGCCUACGCGAUACCAGCUGGCCCAACUAGUCUUCAGAGUCCCAGCACCGAGAACAACAGCCCACAACCUACCACCUUUGGCUUUGACGACCGACCAUCACCGACCAUGUCACAAUACCCCAACGCUCCCGGAGCCAAGAGCUCAUCAAACAGCCGUCCGUCAAAGCUGAGAAAGCUCGACAAGGUGGCCAUUCUGCAAAAACGCCAGCGCGACCCGUCGUACAUUUAUGACACGGUCAAGAAGUCGUUUGACUAUGUUGGCAGCUUCCACAAACUCUUUGAAGUUUUGUCCAGUCGGUUUUCCCAACCUCAUGCUGCUCGCAUAGCCAAGUCGUUAGCUGCCAUCCGACCAGCCCUCCUCGCGUCCACACGAAACUUGACGACGCAAGACCUCAUCUUUAUGGAGCAGUGCUUCCAACGAACGCUAUUCGAGUACGAAGACUUCAUGACGCAGUCUUCAAGUCCCACCCUUGCCUGUCGGCGCACGGGCGAGAUCGCGGGCGUGAACAAGGAGUUCACUGCCCUGACAGGGUGGACCAAGGACGUCCUGCUGGGGAAGGAACCAAACCGCAACACCAACCUCGGCGGGACAGGGGUGCGGACCACCCCGCGGCUCAAGAGCCUCAACGAGAGCAGCGCAGAGAACGGCGGCGCCGCGAGCGGUCCGAGACCGGUGUUUCUUGCUGAGCUGAUGGACCACGAGAGCGCGGUGGAGUUUUACGAGGAUUACUCGCAACUUGCGUUUGGGGACAGCAGAGGGAGGAUGACGAGGAAGUGCAGGUUGCUCAAGUACCGGACUGAUAAGCCGGCUGCGGGUGGCGGUGGUGGUGCGGGGGAGGAGGAGAGGAAGCCGGAUCCGAGCGCCGCGCCGCGGCAGCAGGAAAAGGACUCGAGGCAUAGUAUUUUGAGCAACAGGGUGGCGAAAAUUGAUGGGGAGCAUGGGAUUUCGAAGCUGGAGAGGGAUGGGAAGCUGGAGUGCAGUUAUACUUGGACGAUUAAGAGGGAUAUGUUUGAUAUGCCGAUGUUGUUUGUUAUUAACGUGAGGUUUUUUUUUUUUUUUUCGACGAUUACUAUGGAAGAAGGCAUUGCUAACGGGAUUCUAGUUUUUACCAUGUUAUUACCGGAAUCAUAA